CUCCCAUAAUGCACUUCGCUCACCAUUACCCAUCAUUCCCCGCGGCCAGCUCUUCGCACCAGUCAAGAUGGCGGACAGACCAGUUCCCGUGAUUGAGAAGCGGCUGAUGGACGUGAAGCUCGGCGAGCUGGGGUCCUGGCUUGGAGGUCGCGACUUCACUCCCAACGGCGUCAUCUCAGCCGUCCGCAGGGGCCACGAUAGAUACUACAACAAGUACAUCAAUGUGAAGAAGGGAGGCAUUGGCGGUGUCGCUAUGGUGCUGGUUGGCUACGUGGCGUUGAGCUACUUGUUUGAUUUCGAACACCUCAAACACGAUCGCUGGAGGAAGUACCACUAAGCUUCAGCAGCUUUGAGGGGUGGAGCUGUAACCUUCGGUCCACCUGUUCUUUCUACUCAGCUCUAUUGAAUGUGAUUGUUGUGACCAAUAAACAAUACUAAGAUUUAUUGAUGGAUA